GGAGGCGACCGACUCUCGGUCAGAGUGAAAGAACAUCUGCCGCAACACAUGUGGAAGAACAUGCGUUAAACCCGCCCGGUGAGGUGAUCCGAAGACGGAGAACAGCUGCUGAUAACCGGAUCAAUACUUAAAAGUUUAUUUCACUCCUGAACUUUGUCUUUUGACUCUAACAGGUGAAGAUGAAGGUGUGUGUGUGAGCUGAUGUGGACGUGAAUUCAGCAGAAUGGACCAGUGUGAGGACAGAGAGGAGGGAGUCCCUCCCUCUAAAGCCUCUCUGUGUGGGGAACAUGAGAGUCGGAGCAAAGCUCAGAGGAAUCAACAUGGACCUGGACCUGGACCUGGACCUGGACCUGGACGUGGACCUGGACCUGGACCUGGACCUGGACCUGGACCUGGACCCAGCUGUGUCUCCUUGAAGAGCGACCAGUCAAAGGAAUAUGUUAUUAACUUUAAAGGAGAGCAACGUUCGGCUGUAAAUAGGGUCCAUCAGAAAAGAGACUCUCUUGAACCUGAACCCAGCUGUUUGUCCUUGAAGAGUGACCAGUCAAAGGAAUAUGUUAUUAACUUUAAAGGAGAGCAACGUUCUGCUGUAAAGAGGGUCCAUCAGAAAAGAGAGUCUCUUGAACAUGAACCCAGCUGUUUGUCCUUGAAGAGCGACCACUCAAAUGAUAGAUAUCUUAACUUUAAAGGAGACCAACAGUCUUCUUCAGAGAGAGUGGACCAGCAGAGCUCAGAGCCUCCCGGAGGUCCGUCUGUCCAGCAGCAUCAGACACAGCUGGACUCCAUCUUUCUGCUGCUGGAGGACAACAUUGUCCUGUUUGUGAAGAACGAGCUGAAGAAGAUCCAGAAGGGUCUGAGUCCAGAUUACCCAGAAUCCCUAGAGCACGUGUUGCAGGGUGAGGAUGAAGAGCAGAGGAGGGGCAGCAGAGAGGCGUUUGUGAUGAUCGCAGUGAACUUCCUGAGGAGAAUGAAGCAGGAGGAGCUUGCUGAGCGUCUGCAGAGUGGUACUUUUGCUGAAGUUUGUAAAAAGCGGCUGAAGUCUAAGCUGAAGAAGAAGGGCUGGUGUGUGUUUGAGGGGAUUGUUAAAGCAGGAAACCCAACCCUUCUGGAGCAGAUCUACACAGAGCUCUACAUCACAGAGGGAGGGACUGGAGAGGUCAACGAUGAACAUGAAGUCAGACAGAUUGAAGUAGCUUCCAGGAAACCAAACGGAGCAGAAACAACCAUCCGACAGGAAGACAUCUUUAAACUCCCACCUGGAAGAGAUGAACCAAUCAGAACAGUGAUGACGAAGGGAGUGGCCGGCAUCGGGAAAACAGUCCUAACACAGAAGUUCACUCUGGACUGGGCUGAAGGAGCCAACCAGGACAUCCAGUUCCUGCUUCCAUUCACCUUCAGAGAGCUGAAUGUGCUGAAAGAGAGAAAGUUCAGCUUGGUGGAACUAGUUCAUCACUUCUUCACUGAAACCAGAGAAAUCUGCAGCUUUGAAGAGUUCCAGGUUGUGUUCAUCUUUGACGGUCUGGAUGAGAGUCGACUUCCUCUGGACUUCCACAACAAUGAGGUCCUGACUGAUGUUACAGAGUCCACCUCAGUGGAUGUGCUGCUGACAAACCUCAUCAGGGGGAACCUGCUUCCUUCUGCUCGUCUCUGGAUCACUACACGACCUGCAGCAGCCAAUCAGAUCCCUCCUGAGUGUGUCUCCAUGGUGACAGAGGUCAGAGGGUUCAGCAACCCACAGAAGGAGGAAUACUUCAGGAAGAGGUUCAGAGAAGAGGAGCAGACCAGCAGGAUCAUCUCCCAUAUCAAGACAUCACGGAGCCUCCACAUCAUGUGCCACAUCCCAGUCUUCUGCUGGAUCACUGCUACGGUCCUGGAGAAAGUCCUGGAAACCAGAGAGGGAGGGGAGCUGCCCAAGACCCUGACUGAGAUGUACAUCCACUUCCUGGUGGUCCAAGCCAAACUGAAGAAGGUCAAGUACGAUGGAGGAGCUGGGACGGAUCCACACUGGAGUCCAGAGAGCAGGAAAAUGGUGGAGUCUCUGGGAAAACUGGCUUUUGAGCAGCUGCAGAAAGGAAACCUGAUUUUCUAUGAACCAGACCUGAGAGAGUGUGGCAUCAAUGUCAGAGAGGCUUCAGUGUACUCAGGAGUGUUCACCCAGAUCUUUAGAGAGGAGAGAAGCCUGUACCAGGACCAGGUCUUCUGCUUCAUCCACCUGAGUGUUCAGGAGUUUCUGGCUGCUCUUCAUGUCCAUCGGACCUUCAUCAAGUCUGGAGUCAACCUGCUGGAGGAACAAAGAAAGACCUUCAGGUGGUUUAAAAAAAGAGCAGAGACUGACCUCUAUCAUAGUGCAGUGGACAAGGCCUUACAGAGUCCAAACGGACACCUGGACUUGUUCCUCCGCUUCCUCCUGGGUCUCAAACUGGAGACCAAUCAGAUUCUCCUACGAGGUCUGCUGGAACCAGAACAAAGAAGUUCACAGAACAAUCAGCAAACAGUUAAAUACAUCAAGAAGAAGAUCAGUGAGGAUCUGUCUGCAGAGAAAAGCAUCAACCUGUUCCACUGUCUGAAUGAACUGAACGAUGGUUCUCUGGUGGAGGAGGUCCAACGGUCCCUGAGGUCAGGACGUCUCUCCAGAGAUAAACUGUCUCCUGCUCAGUGGUCGGCUCUGGUCUUCAUCUUACUGUCAUCAGAAAAUCUGGAGGUGUUUGACCUGAAGAAAUACUCAGCCUCAGACAAGGUUCUACGGAGACUGCUGCCGGUGGUCAAAGCAUCCAAGAAAGUUGUGUUGAGUGACUGUAACCUCUCAGAGGACAUCUGUGCAGAUCUGUCCUCAGUUCUCAGCUCUCAGUCCUCCAGUCUGACAGAACUGGACCUGAGUAACAACCACCUGCAGGAUUCAGGACUGAAGAAGCUGUGUCCUGGACUGGAGAGUCCACACUGUCACCUGGAGUCUCUCAGGCUGUCAGGCUGUCUGAUCUCAGAGGAAGGCUGUGCUUCUCUGGUCUCAGCUCUGAGCUCCAACCCCUCCCACCUGAGAGAGCUGGACCUGAGCUACAACCAUCCAGGAGAGUCAGCAGGGAAGCUUUUGUCUGCUGGACUGGAGGAUCCCCGCUGGAGACUGGAAACUCUCAGGGUCGAGCCUGCUGGACAACGAUUUCUGAAACCAGGUCCAUGGAAGUAUUCCUGUCAACUCACCAUCGACACAAACACAGUCAAUAAAAACAUAAAACUGUCUGACAACAACAGGAAGAUGAUGUUUGUGAAGGAGGAUCAGUCUUAUCCUGAUCAUCCAGACAGGUUUCAUUCCUGGCAUCAGCUGCUGUGUAGAGAAGUUCUGACGGGUCGCUGUUACUGGGAGGUCCAGUGGAGAGGAGGAGUUUCUGUAUCAGUGAGUUACAGAAGAAUCAGGAGGAAAGGAGACUCUAAUGACUGUGGGUUUGGAGGGAACCGUCAUUCCUGGAUGCUGAAAUGUUAUGAUGGUGGUCGGUACGAUGUCUUUCACAAUAACAGAGAAACACCUUCCUCCUCCUCUUCCUCAGUCUCUGACAGAGUAGCAGUGUAUGUGGACGUUCCUGCUGGAACUCUGUCAUUCUACAGCGUCUCCUCUGACAGACUGAUCCUCCUCCACACCUUCAACACCACAUUCACUGAACCUCUCUAUCCUGGGUUCGGGUGUAGUUUUGAUUCUUCAGUGACUCUUUGUUGAGUUCAGUCUCCAGAGUCUCCUCCUGUCAGAGAAACUGUCUCUGUUGAACAGAUAGUUGAGUCUGUACAUGUCUGUCUCUGUUUCCACCAGAACACCUAAAUCACACGUUGCGGAAACUGUUCUGAAUGAUUCCUUGGAAACUUCUUCCUCUUCCGGUCCUCUAAAGGUGGAAGCUGCCGUUAUUCCAGGAUCCACAUGUUGUUCUUCCGUCUGUUUCCAGUCAGAGCUUCACGGUGAACAGCAGCAUGUUGUUUCUCUGCAGCUCAGUUCAGCUGAGAUCAUUCACUUCAUGUCAGCUGCAGUUAGUUUUCCGGGGGUCGGCCUUGUUGAUUUUAAAUGUACUACCAUGAUUUUUAUGUACAUUUGUCAGUAGAAGGAGAAAUCAACAACAAUAAUUUGCUUCUAUGGUUCCUAGACUGUAGAAGAAGAACUGGACAACCCUCCAUGAAGUCAUCUGUAAUGUUGUUUUCAGCUCUUAUUUUCUCACCUGAUUAUUCAGGGAGUCAAGAAAACUGUUUGGAAAUAAGAUAUUUUUAUUGCAACCACAGAUUUUAUGGUCCAUCGUCCACUGGAUCACAUUUCUACCAAAUCUAUAUUUCUGCAGAUACCAAAUAUAAUCAGCUGUUUUCCUCCAUCAAAAGCUGUUUCAGCAUCUAGAGUGCAGACUGCAGCUCAGGGAGGUAGUUUUGUCGAUUACUGAACAAUAUUAAAGUGUUUAUGAUGUCAUCA